AUGGGAAAGUUGAAAGGGGAAGGGGCAGAAUUGCGGAUACCGGGGGACCUGAGGGGCCGCUUUCCCGCACCCGCCCUGGACCCUCCGGCAUUGCAGAGCUCCCCGAGUCGGGGGCCCCGGACCCCAGGGCUGAGGAGGACUCAACCAGGACUUUCCAAAAGUUGCCGCGGGGCUUUCCGAUCCCCUCGGCCAUCUCCCAAGUCUGGCCAGGCUGAUGGGGCCGGCGAGGAUUCUCUGCACCUUGACAUUCAGAAGCUGAAGGAGAAGAAGGACAUGCUGGACAAGGAAAUCUCCCAAUUAAUAUCUGAAGGCUACAGUGUAGAUGAACUGGAGGACCACAUCUCCCAGCUCCAUGAGUAUAAUGACAUCAAGGAUGUAGGCCAGAUGCUGCUAGGCAAACUAGCCGUGAUCCGAGGUGUCACCACCAAAGAGUUGUAUCCAGAAUUUGACCUGGACAUGAAUGACUGAGCUCACAGCCCCUUGUCCACGGCCCACUGGGACAGGCCGAUGUGGACAUGAGAAGCAGUGAAAGCCCAACCAGAGCACCUACAGGCUUUCCAGUGAGAAAGUGUCAGAAGCCCUUUUCUAGAGAGCCCAAGCCGAGUCAGGAGGGAGCCCAGAGAAGAAGGGGGGCAGAAAGAAGGGGUGUUCCCAGCUCUGAGGUUCCUGAAAUGUUCCAGUGAUACCUGUGUAUGUGUAUAUGUAUCCUGUUUGUAAAUAAACAUAUGAGCGAUUU